CUUAUAAUAAUUAAAUUAAAAUAUUUUUUACUGCUGCAAAUCAAUGGUUUUACCUGCCUAAAUACCUCCACCAAUCAACUCGUCAAGGACAUGCAUCGUCAGCGCUUUAAAAUUGGUCAAAGCUAAGUGUAGACACACAAGGAAUGAUGAAACCGAAACUCAAGUCAGCUUUAAAUCAAAGUGAACUGCAUUUAUAGGAAGAACUAAGGGAACAAAAAAAGAAAACCAGAACAAAAACAAAAAAAGAAAGAGGAAAAAGGAAAGUAACAGCAAGCACAGAGGCAUCUAUGAAAAAAUGCCGCCUCUAAACGAAGUGCUACGAGUAAACUGGAAUUUGCAAAUCAUAUCAUGUAUUGUCGUGCUGCUCACGACACACAGCAUACAGCUAGCCCACUGUAUCGACUGCUUCAAAUGCGUCUCAUUCAAUGGAGCCAACAAGGCAUGCGACGAUCCCUUCCACAACAACUAUUCUACCGCCAUACUGGAGUCGCCGUGUAUGGGUGGACGAAAAGGACGUAACGGUCUAUUUCCGGCGACGGCCUGCAUCAAAAUCGCCGGGAUUUAUGAUGAUACUGGCGAAUCGAUAACGGUACGAGGCUGUGCGCUGGACAGCGGUACACUCACCACGGACACGGAAAUCAUACGUAUGUCACAUUGUGGCAAAUUCUACUAUGACGACAGAUACGUACAUGGCUGCUUGCAGAGCUGCAACGAUGCGGACGCAUGCAAUCAGGCGGUGGCCAACUAUAAAAGCUCGCCGCAAACACUGUGGCAACACUGUAGCUUAGCGUUAUUGACAUUCAUAGCGUUACACGAACAUCUGCUCGGCCUAAUCAGGUAGCAGUGCAACGGUACUUACUAGAACGUGUGCGUUGGCUCAUCGUGCGUGAGGUGUUGGUAGUCAUAACUUGAUAGCAAAGCGGUGUGUUGGUGCUGUAGCGUAGUCACACACACACACACGCACAUAAUAGCACAGACACAAUGUGAAUUUACAAAUAGGUUUAAGCGUUAUUCUGCUGCUUUACAACAAGCUCAAAAGCAAGCAAUUUACAUUCACUUCCACACACUCACAUAUCUGUAUAAAUACACACAGACACACUCAUACGUAUACUAUAGUAUAAAACUGCAAGCUGUUCGAAUUGAAAACGCAUUGGAAAACAAAAACAAAACGCAAUCAAUUUUCAUCAAAUCAAAUUUGUGUGCAAGCAUAACACUCGCUGCGUUUUCCCACUGCAACGCACAAAAUUUUUUGCUUCGCAAAUAUCAUAAUUGGAAAUUUCUAUGUGAUCUGCACGAAACAAAAGUUGAAAGCUUACUGCGUGCAUAAUCGUCUAACUAAUGUCAUAAGUGCUUAGUCGCUAAACGAAACUUUCGAAGUGCUAAAAAUUAGUUUAUUAACUGUAUAUUGAUCUUGUAGUUAAAUUAGUAAGUACAUUUUUGUGAAUUUCUUAUCAGUGGUUGGUGGUAGCAAUUAUUAAAUUUACUACCGAAUUUCGUAGUCAGUGGCCUCAACUUUAAAAACGCUUCGCCCAAUUUAUUGUUGUCAUAAUCGUCCUGUCAGAUCAGCAAAUGAGCGUCUAGUGGAAAAAUUUUGAUUCACAGACACAGUAAAAAAUGUUCCAGUGCCAGUUGGACAAAGAAAUGCCCAAAUCAGGCUCUCACACAUCGUUUUGAAGCGUUGGGUGUCUCUGUGACGUAGUUGUGGCGAAAUUUUCGAAAAUAUCUUGGCCUACAUCCUUACAAGUUCAAAUUGACGCAAGAACUGUAGCCGCUUGACCACCAGAAUCGUCCCAUGUUCGUGAAUUGGCCUGAGCAACAACUUGAAAAUGAUCCAUUUUCAUUAAAAAUAAUCUUCAGCGAUGAGACUCAUGGCCCGAAUCGGAUAAUAUGGACUUGGACAAUAUGUGAUCCCAACAGAAUGGCCACACAACGAAUGUCAAUGUCACAGGUCACAGUGGUUUAU